UUCGUUUUGUAGUGUCAAACGGGAAACUUGUGUAAGAGUUUAAUUUCGGAUUGCGACGCAGCAACGGACGAUUUUUAAAAUAAGUUUUUUUUGUUUUCUUUUUAUUUUAUUUUAAUUUUUGUGUUAAAAAUCUAAUUAGCAACAAUAUUUUUUUCUCCAAUAAAGCUUGCAAGUUAAACGAAAAAAAUUAUUUAUUCAAAUUUGUGAAUGUGUUUUUUAUUAACUUGCGUAAAAAAUAGAAAAAAUAAUAUUUAAAUAUUACAACUCAAAAAAAAAAAAGAAAAAAUAAAGUGAAAUAAAACCUAUUGGAUUACUUUUACACAUAGCCGUUUCAAAGGGAAUAAGAAGCAAAAAAAAACUUUCAACAAGAUGUCCGAAGAAAAACAAGAGAAUGGUACCAAUGGUGGCGAUGUUCCGGAGAUUGAAUUAAUCAUUAAGGCAUCAACAAUCGAUGGACGAAGAAAGGGUGCGUGUCUAUUCUGUCAAGAAUAUUUUAUGGAUUUAUAUUUGUUGGCUGAACUAAAAACAAUUAGUUUGAAAGUUACAACAGUUGAUAUGCAAAAACCUCCUGCAGAUUUUCGUACCAAUUUUGAAGCAACACAUCCACCAAUUUUAAUUGAUAAUGGAUUAGCAAUUUUAGAAAAUGAUAAAAUUGAAAGGCACAUCAUGAAAAAUAUUCCAGGUGGUUACAAUUUAUUUGUACAGGAUAAAGAAGUAGCAACAUUAAUUGAAAAUUUAUAUUCAAAAUUAAAAUUAAUGUUAGUUAAAAAAGAUGAUCAUCAAAAUAAUGCUCUACUAUCACAUUUAAAAAAAAUCAAUGAUCAUUUAGCAGUUAGAGGGACACGUUUCUUAACUGGUGAUACAAUGUGUUGUUUUGAUUGUGAAUUAAUGCCAAGAUUACAACAUAUUCGAGUAGCUGGAAAAUAUUUUGUUGAUUUCGAAAUUCCUACUCAUUUAACAGCAUUGUGGCGUUACAUGUAUCAUAUGUAUCAAUUAGAUGCUUUUACACAAUCAUGUCCAGCUGAUCAGGAUAUUAUUAAUCAUUAUAAAUUGCAACAGUGUAGAGGUGAUACUAAGCAGAUGCUCAAAAUGAAGAAACACGAAGAAUUGGAAACACCAACGUUUACAACAUCCAUACCGAUUGAUAUAUCGGAUUAAAAGAUAAAAAAAAAACAUGUAAACAAAGUGAAAAUGUGUACCCGCAUAUAAUAGGAUUUUAUUCUAUUUUAUAAAUAAUUUAAAAAAAAAAAACAAAACAUACACUUAAAUUGAAAAUCCUGUUCUUUGUUUUUUUUUUAAAUAAUUAUUUUAUUAAUUAUUAAUAUUAAAAUACUUUUAGUUAUUAUACUUUAUUCAUUUGUUUUAUAUUUCUUUCAUAAUUUUCCAUUAUUUUGAAAUGAUUAAAAAAUUUAAUUAUAAAUUAAAUUUAAAUAAAAAAAAAAAGAAGAAAUUAAAAUUACAAUCAGAAAAAAAAAUAUUCAUAUUAUAAAAUUUAGAGUAUGAUUUAAAAAUAAAACAAUGUUAUUUUUAAAUUAAUAAUCCAAUAUUAUUAAAAUAUUAAUAUUAAAAUUCAAUAUUUGGCCUUAAAUUUUAAAAUGAAAUAUUGAAUGUUAAAAAUUAAAGAAAAAUUAAUAAAAAAAAAAAAAAGAAUUUGAAUUAUUUAAUUUUUUUCCUUUUUAAUAUUUUUACGUAAAAAUUCGCCUUAUUUGUUUUUAUAAAAUUUCAAUGUAAUUUAAAAAAAAUUAAUGGAGCUAAUAGCUUUAAUAAAAAACUUUCUGUAAUUCUUUUAAUAAAAUUAUAUAAAUAUUGAAAAAAUACUUAUUUAGAAUCGAAUAAAAUUUGCUUAAAACAAUUUACCUUAAACCAUAACACGAUACUGUAAAUAAAAAAUUUUUUUAAUAAUUUAAAAUGAAAAAUUCUUAUUUAAUUUUAAUACAAAAGCUAAACGUCAUCAAUACAAAAGUAAAUACAAUGUAAAAGAAAAUAAAUGUAAAUUAAAACGCAACAUGAAUUAAAAAAUAUUUAAAAAAUAAAUUAUAAAUUGGCGAAUGAAGUGUUAAAGGCUUUUGUUUCAUAACUACAUAUGAUUAUUCAUAAAUAUAUAAUUAAUUUUUUAAUAUGAUAUAUUUUCUUAAGAUAAAAAACAACUUGUAGAAUCCAAUUUAAAACUUUGAACUUUAUUAGAUUAUUUUACUAGGUUAGUUUUUUUAAUUCGAUAAUUUAUCCUUUAAAAUGUGUAAAUUAUAUUUAAAAUACAUACUGCAAAAUAAGCCCUAUUAUACAUGAAAAACGUUUCAAAUUUUGGUUUUGGUAUUAGAAAUUGAUUGAUGUUAACUAAUGUUUUAGUUUUUUUUUUUUUAAUUGGAUUAAAUUGAUAUACCAUUAACAAAAUUGAAAUGACAAAAUUUUAAUAUAAAUAUAUUUAAAUAAAAAUAAAAUAUAUUUCAAAUAAGACAAAAAUUUAAAAAAAAAAGAUUCAACAUUUUUGUCUUAAUUUCUUUUAUUUUUUUUUAAUUAAUUUUAAUUGUAUUAAUUUAAUUUUCUAAAAAGAAAACAAAAUACAAAAAAAAAUUACAAAAUUUUGUUCAAAUUUAAUUAUUUUUUUAUUAUUUAAUGUUAAAAUUUAGUAAUUGAAAUUUCUUUUAAAGUGCCCAUAAAAACAAAAAUGGAAUCAAAAAAUUUUUGUAAAAUCAAUUAAAAAAAAAAAAAACGAAAAAGUAUUCUAAAUAAAAAUAAUAAAAAUUGAUAUUUAAAAAAAAAAUUGGACAAAAAAAUUUUUUUAAAAAUUUAUAAGAUUUAAUCUUAAAGUAAAGGCUUAAUGUAAUUUUAAAAUAUAAUAAUAUAAUAUUAAUCCAAAAUAAAAUAAAUAAAAAGAAAUUUUCUACUUAAGAAAUAAAAUAAAAUCUUUGAUGGUAGCGUAAUAUAAAAAUUAUAAUUUUGUAGCAAUUAUAUUUUCAAAUUUUUUAAUCGGAAAAUAUAAAACUGUGUUAAAUCCUGCACUAACUGUAUUGAACUUUUUUUUCGGAAACACAUCACUAAUUGCAUCUACCAAAAUAUAAAUCUAACUUCAACGUAAGCCAAAUUGAUUUCAGAUAUCCGUUUUAGUAGCAGCCAUAAAUUAUUUUUUACUGUUUAAAAUAAUGAAAAAAAAAAUUGAUUCUGAAAAGCCAGAAAAAAAUAUGAUAUUUCAAUUUAGACCUUUUUUCGUUUAAAUAUUUCUAAAAUACAAUAUUCACCAUUUGCAACUUGAUUUUAAUAGGCCUUCGCAAAAUUCAACUGGAAAAAACACAUGAUUCACAAUAUAAAAAUGGUGUUAUACCUUCAUGAUUUUAACAGCUAGAUUAGCAAUUUUCCACUUUUCAAAAAGGAAAAGCCUAAAUUUACUUACUUAUUGUUAUUUUAACCUUUUUAUACCGCAAAAGAACUCAAUUUCAUUUUUAUUUAAUUAAUUCUCUAUCAAAUAUUGUCCUUAUAGAACUUGAUUUCCGGUAAGAAUUUACAAAACUGAUUGUAAAGUUUUUACAUCACCAAAUACAUUUUUUGCAUUUGCGUAAAAAAGCAUUUUUUAUAUUCAAAACAUAGACAUAUUAUUAAGAAGUGAAUAGCAAGUAAAAUCAAAAUCAUUUCAGCUUUUGAAAUAACUAAAAACGUCCUAUUUUAUAAAUAUUUGAAAUGGUAAAAAAAUAAGGCCUAACAUUUUUGUACUAAUAAAAAAGAAAACAAUAGUUUAAUAAAUUUUAAUAAAUUUUACAUUAAAACUUAGAGAAGAUGUAAAAGCAUAUUACACAGUAUAUGUGGCAUGUAAUAGUAUUUAAAUAACAAAAACAUCAUGAAAAUUAUUUGUAUAUAAAAAUUUUAUACACAUAAAAUAAGAAAAAAUCAGUAACAUUUGAUACGAAUCAAAUUUUUAAUUAUAUAAUAUAAAUGCAGCAAAUUAAUAUACAAUUAAUUUAAUAUGAAUAUAUAUGUAUGUAAGUAUGUAAAAUGAUUAUCUAAUAAAAGUGAUCAUGAUACAAAAGUAA